GUAGUACUUAUGAAGUUGACUUGCAACAAGAAAACUCAACCAUACACAAUAUGAUUACUAUUUAUUAAAUCAAUUUAAAACUUCUUCAUUCUCCUCCCUAAAUUUUUUUCUUCUUCAAUUCCUCUUUCAAUUUGGUUUCCAGGUUUGAUUAUAUUGCUCAAAUUUAUAUAUCAUUAAUUUGGAGAGCUAUAAGAAAUGGAUUGCUCAAUCUGUACUACAAUGCCUUUCAUUUUAAGGCCUCCAAGGAACACCAUUUGUGCAGCUUGCUACGAAGGAGCAAGAAGCUUAAUAUCCUUGAUUAACAAAUUCGACGGCGAUAAUAAUAAUCAUAAAUGUAUUGAGAAAUCUGGAGGCAACAAUGUUAUUUCAUCUUCGAAUCCGUCUUGUAAGGGUUUCGCCAAUGUACUUAAAUGGGUGAAGGAAAUGAAGGAUAUUGAGGAGGAAGUAAAUGAUAAAAUGAGUUUUUUAGGUGAAUUUGAAGUUGCCUUCAGAGAUGAGAUUCAUACUGAUAUUCUUGUAAAGCCUGGAAACAACGGACCUCCUAUUCCUGCUCAUAGAGCAUUAUUGGCAGCAAAAUCAGAGAUUUUCAAGAACAUGUUGGACUCAGAUGGAUGCAAAGAAGCACCAAAUGAAGCCAUAACUCUUCCAGAACUGAAUCAUGAAGAGCUUGAAUCUCUCCUCAACUUCCUCUACUGUGGGAGCUUACCCAUUGACAAGGUCGAAAAGCACGUUUACUCACUUUCAGUAGCAGCUGAUAAAUAUGAGAUUCAUUUCCUACAUAAAUUUUGCGAGCGACAAAUGCUGAAUUCUCUAAGUUCAUCCAAUGCACUUGAUAUCCUUGAAAUUUCAGAUGUUUGUUCCAACUUAACAUUAAAAGAUACUGCCUUGAAUUUUAUUGUCAAAAACAUGGAGGAUAUAGUUUUUUCCUCUAAGUUUGAGGCCUUUGCUUUGAAGAAUCCACAUUUAAGUGUACAAAUUACUAGGGCUUCUUUAAUGGAUAUUAAAAAUAGGAGAAAUGCAAUGUAAAUCAGCAAAAAAAGGAACAAAGCUACUUUAAUUUAACCGACGAUAUUCUAUUAAAUGCUUUGCAUUGAAAUUAUAUUUUAUUCUAAUGAUUUGUAUAAAUAUGAGUAAUUAA